AAGACGAUAGUGGACAUGAUUUAGAUCGCCAAAAAUACGCAUUUAUAGACUUUCGUGCCUUGUUCGCUCUUUGUCAAUCACCAAAAUACAAAUAAAACGGAACGUCAUUCUUAACAUGUUGGGGAGUUUGUUAUAUCUACAUUAUAUUAUUGUAACUAAAGCAAGAAGCAGUGGGUUACAGUGCAAUUUAUAACAGUUAAAGGCGUUGUGUCACGAAGCGAAGACGAGGGCCAAAACCCCCUUAGCUGUCAUAAAAUGCACUUGUAACCCACUGUUUCGCGAGGCUUAUUGCAUUUAUAAAACGGUUAUUAAAUAUGUGACCCUGGAUCAUAAAACCAAGUCUUAAGUAGCAUGGCAACGUUUUUAGUAAAAGCCGAAAAAUAUAUUGUAUGGGUCAAAACUAUAGAUUUUUCUUUCACGCUAGAAAUCAUCCAUCUUAAGUAAGGUUCAUGUGCCUUGAAUAUAUUUAGUAAAAUUCCUUCCGUAAACAUAUCAAAAUUUUAUUUUUGUGAGUGGAUGGCCUGUUACAGGGCCUCUGAUUCACAACUUCAUAGGACAUUUUCUAAAAUAUUAGAUAUUUUUGCACUCUCAGGUUCUGGAGUUUUAAACGGUUGUAUCUCUGCCGGAUAUAGUCCUAUUCUAACAACUCAUACAUCAAUACAACGCUUGUUUAUUCAACUUUUGGAUUGUGUAAAAAUCUCAAUGUCUAAAAAUUUACCCAUAAAACUGGUUUUGUCGUCCAGGGUCACAUAUGCGUAAGGUUUCAUAGAAUAAAGUGAUAUUUAGUCUAUGUAAUGGUAGAACGGCUUCGAACUUUUUUAUUGGUUUAAAAUGAGUGUUUUAUUUCAUCAUGUCACGUUUAAAAGAUAAAAAUGUGCAGGUUUGCUUCUCUAGAAAGCAAUGAAAUGCAAUCAAGGUGUAGGCCUACCCCGCAUUCUUUCAGUCGACACUUUAUAUUAAACGAGUAUAUUAAAUGAAGAAAAAUAUUUCCUUUCCAAAAGGAAUCCAACAUUUUUUUUAAAUCAUGUUUUCAUGCAUUCCAAUUUAUAAUGAUCAAGCUGCAGUUUGUUUGUUAUGAUUUAAGCCAUAAUAACUCCAAAAAUGAACAGCUAACUAACACAAUAAAAACAUGGUAACAUAAUAAAAAACAUGCUUUUUGAUUAUUAUCUCAUUAUGUAAAUAAACUCUCCGUAGGCUUCAUACAAAAUAUACACAUAUAAAGGAAUACGUAGCCUAAGCUAAUUAAUAAUGAUCUGCUGACAGCACAGCCCUCUUACACUAUUGAGCUGUGUCGCAAAUAACGUUAUUCAGGAAGCUUUUUUGUCUUGCGCUUCAACCUAUGAGAUGGGCUACGCGCUCUUUCGCUUAAACUAAACUCACGACUGCACUGAAACAGAGCAAAUCAUUCCUCAAAGAACUACGUGAUCGGAGAUAAAAGAGCCGCCGCAUCCGUGGAUCUGACAGAUCAUCCCUAAUGACAGAGGACGUAAGACGACGGAAUCAACGGAGACAAGAUGCCUAGAUCUUUUUUGGUGAAGAGCAAAAAAGCGCACAGCUACCAUCAGCCACGGUCUUUGGAAGAUGACUAUAACAGACUUGAUACUAUUUUAGCUCAAAUAUGUGCAGAAAGCAAAACCACAGACGAGUUGGAGUGUAGUACGGAAGCCUUGACAAGCGACACGACUGGUGCCUGUUCACCGGACUCUCACCUGGGGGAUCCAGCUGAUCUUUCCUCAAAGUCUCCUCUCAGUUGUGGUGGAAGCGUCUGCGACCGCUCCUCAGAUUACGAGGACUUUUGGCGACCUCCGUCACCAUCAGCAUCACCCGCAGAGUCAGAAAAAUCAUUUUCGCCCUCCGUCGAGGAAACGCAGCCCUUCGCCGUCCCCUUCAGACCUUACGCAUGGAGUAGUUACUCUGGAUGUGAAAUCAGACAACUCAUUUCCAACCAUCGACGCUCUCUGGAUCUAGAAAGCCCUAGUCCACCAACCUUUUAUCAUGACCGAGUGGCCGAGCCUUCUCUUUUCACGGAAAGAGGAACUGGCACGGGCAUUUACAACAGUUAUAGCUCCACUGCCAGUCUAUUCGAGCGCGCAUCUGCCUCCCUUUACGAUGAAAGCAGCGUAAUUGUAAAAGGAACGGAGAUGAAGCCCAGCUCCGAUGUGAUGUGCAGUCGUCUCCUGCUAAAUGGCGCAUACAAAUGUAUAAAAUGUAGCAAGGUGUUUUCUACACCACAUGGCUUGGAAGUUCACGUCCGUAGAUCGCACAGUGGAACGAGACCCUUUGGAUGUGACAUCUGCGGGAAAACGUUUGGUCAUGCGGUCAGCCUAGAGCAACACAGAGCUGUCCACUCACAGGAAAGAAGUUUUGAUUGCAAAAUUUGCGGGAAAAGUUUCAAAAGAUCAUCGACUCUGUCCACUCAUCUCCUGAUCCACUCCGAUACACGACCCUACCCGUGCCAAUAUUGCGGGAAGAGGUUUCAUCAGAAAUCAGAUAUGAAGAAACACACAUUCAUUCACACAGGGGAGAAACCACACAAAUGUCAAGUGUGUGGGAAAGCUUUCAGUCAGAGCUCCAAUCUGAUAACCCACAGUCGAAAACACACUGGAUUCAAACCGUUUGGAUGUGACCUCUGUGGCAAAGGAUUCCAACGCAAGGUCGAUUUAAGAAGACACAAGGAAACACAACACGGACUGAAAUGAGGAAACACAUUUACGGACCCAGGACUUUACCAAACACUAUGAAACAACUCCUCUGAACUUUGUUAGGUUUCUCAGAUUUAACAUUCGAAAAACAUUGAAUCAGUGCUUUAAAGAAGGCUUCGAAUAGAGUUUACAAUAGUUGUAGAGGGCUGUUUAUGCUUUGUGUGAGUUGCCUACGAGUCAGCAGCAGGCCAGCAGGUCUGGCAACUUUCAUGGUGAUGUUAUAGAGGCUUUCAUAGGAUAUCUUGAUUCGAAUCAAUCGCCCGCUGCAAAUACUUGCAAGGCAUCGUGUCUGAACCCAAAAUAUUAUCACCAAAAUAAUCAGGGAAGAAAUAUAACCGCCGCGAGAAAGGAUAUUGUAUCACCCAAAAUAUCAGCUGAAGGAGAGAAAAAUCACCGCACCUCAAAACAAUGCCACUUUGUUUUUAACGCUGCAGAGGGAAUGCUGGCAAAACAAGCACUACAAUAAACUGCGUGAUUCAACUAAAGGAUUGUUUGUGUACUACUGCCCAACCUAUUUUUUUGGCAUUUUGGCAACUGGUCGAACUUUUACCAUACAUCUGACACAGCCUUAACUUUCAUGCUCUAGUAGAUUCGUUUUCUUGAGAAUAAAUAUAUAAAAAAUACUCUACGAAAUUGUCUAGAGCAUUUUCAGAUACAGUAUAUAAAAAUGAUAAAUAUUUGUUUUAUAUCGUUUUCACUAUUUAU